AUGGAAGAUCAGGAUCCUCUUUCACCACUUUCAAACACAGGAUCAGAAUCAAGUCAGAAUGAAAGGUUUAAUAUUAGGCCAACACAUCAAAAUGACAGGAAAAACUUUGAAAAAGUGUACAAUAGUUUCAAUAGCAUUGUGGGGAAAGGAGCUCCAAUUCAAAGUAUGCAAAGGUGCAUCUCAAUAGGGCUGACUGGAGAAACAUUCUAUGAUUAUGAUUCUCCAUUUGGCCCAGAAGAUGACAUUUGUAUUUUGCAUUUUAAUGACGUUUAUAAUAUUGAAGAGGAUGUAAACGGUACUGGAGGAGUUGCUAGAUUUGUGGAAGCACUGAAAAGUUUCCGUUCGUUAAAUCCUCUUUUGCUGUUUUCUGGUGAUGUUUUUAACCCAUCAAUAAUGUCAGUAACAACGAAAGGCCGUCAUAUGGUUCCUUUCUUAAACAUGAUGAGAGUACAUACAGCUUGUUUUGGUAAUCAUGAUUUUGAUUUUGGGGUAGACCAUCUUGAGUAUUUGGCAGGAUCUUGUAAUUUUCAAUGGCUUCUUUCUAAUGUUUAUGAUGCUUAUACUGAGGAACCUUUGGCAAAUGCAAGGACAUACCGGCUUUUUGAGUGGCAGGGAAGAAGGAUUGGAAUUAUGGGUCUUGUAGAAAAAGAUUGGCUUAAAACCGUUCCGACUAUUUCUGAAGAGGAUGUUAUUUACAAGGACUUUGUUGAAGAGGCGAACAGAAUUUCCAAAAUUUUGAGAGAAAAGGAUGCAGAGUUAAUAAUUGCUUUAACCCAUAUGAGAGCCCCAAACGAUGAGCUUCUUGCAAAAGGAGCUGAAGAUAUCGAUCUCAUUUUAGGUGGGCAUGACCACGAGUACUACGGAGUGAAGGAAAUAGGGAAUUCUGUAGUUGCAAAAAGUGGAACAGAUUUUCGUGAUCUCACUAUGAUCGUGAUUAAACCUGGAAAACAUUGUUUAACAUGCCCAAAAUCUGACUCCAAGCUUCACUUGGAGUAUUGUAAGUACUCCUCAGUUGAGUUAAACCAAUCAAAAAGUAAUAAUAGUUUUGAAGAAAGACUUAUUCCUAAUAAUAAAGAUGGUGGAGACAUUUACCUAAAGAAAUUCUUAGGAGGAUCUAUGAUGAGUUGGAGCUAUAUUGAUAUCAGUACUUUUAACCCUAAUAAGCACGUAAAAAAAAUGGUAAAUAAAUAUCUUUGUGAUCUCGCAACUCAAAUGGAUAAGAUUAUUGGUGAAUGUGCUGUUAGACUGGAGACUAGGUUCUCAGUGAUUAGAACUUCUGAAACUAAUGCAGGUAACUGGCUUACUGACAUUAUGAAAUCCGCAGCCAAAACUGAAAUAGCUAUGAUAAACUCAGGAACAAUUAGAUCAGACUGUGUGUUUAAUAUUGGACCAGUUAGAAACCAAGAUAUCCUUAUGAUGUUACCUUUUGUUGACAAUCUAGUAAAGCUAGGAGUUCCUGGAAAUUUGCUUCUGGAAAUACUAGAAAACAGUGUCAGCCAAUGGCCAAAUAAAGAUGGAAGAUUCUCUCAGUUUUCAGGACUUAAAUUCAGGUUUAAUGGUGAUCUUCCUCCUGGGCAAAGAAUUGUACCUGGCUCAGUUUAUAUCCAGGAUUUAAAUGACCCAUUAGUAUUUAACCCAUUAGAACUUGAUAGAGUUUACACUUUAGUCACCAAAGAAUUUCUCUAUACAGGGAAGGAUGGAUUUGACAGUUUCACCAAGUGUGAGCUUUUGAGUAAUCCAGAAGAUAUGCCUCCUCUUCCAACCUUGGUGAGAAAUGUGUUUUCCUUAGCGGCUUUGGCUAAUGGUUAUAGGAAGCCUCAUAAUCUUGCAACAGCUAGAAAGCUAAAGACUUUCCUUUUAAAUCCUCAACAGACCAUGAUUGGACUUAAUAAAGUUCCUUCAAGGGUUUUUUUCAAGAAUGAUCAUAGCAACCAACUAAGCCCAAAUUCUAUCUCCAGCAGGUCUCAUGAAUCUCAUGAGUUAAUUUUGAAUGAGGAGACCAUUUCUCGAAUGGAAGAAAAGAUAGUUGGUGAACCGGAGUAUUGCUUUAUGAUUAAGGUUGAAAGAGAAGGAAGGAUUAUUAGGGAAGGAAAUGCUCCUGACCCAAUUAUUGAGUCUGGAAUAGAAAGAGUGGAUUGA